GCUUACUCGCCACCAACCUGUGAACGGGCAGCAAUGCGAGAAGGAACAGAGGCAGUCAUUAUAAUCAGCUCAGUUUGGUAACUAGUUUAGUAAGAAGCAUUUGGAAAGCCAUCACAUGAACACUGCCCGCGGCACAGUGGUGUUUGCCAGGCUAACGCUAAAGUAGGCCACUAAACUAGCGAGCUGUUGACAUGGCACUGGAAAGUAAACAAGCCAACGGGUGAGGCAACCGUUCGCGAAUUCGUUUUAUUCCGCUAAUCCACCUACCUUUCCCCGUUGUUAAUCAAAACCCCGCCGUUUUGAGAGUGGUUUCUGUUAAACGCCAUGGCUACAAACCGUCCUGCGCUCAGCGUUGCUUGUGCGCAACUGACAGGAAAGCUCCGAGACGUCACAAGCGUUACGUCACGGCACCAGAUGGGCGCUUCGUCGCUUCCCGUACAAAAUAAAAGCCGUAAACAACUUACAUAAAACGUCGUCUUGACUGACAUUUCCAUUAUUCCAACGGGGGGAAAAUGUCACAUAUGAUUUAGUGUUUUUUCCAUCUGAGCCGCAAGGCUGAAAACAAAUGAAAUGACUGCAUGAUAUCAUUUGUGGUCAUUUAAAUGUUAAUGUUUGCUCGUAUGUUCGUCCUCUGUAAUGGAAAUAAGUUCUAAAUAUAUAUCUUUUGGCUCAUUUGAGCUACCAUAUUAAAGGCGUACUCACACUAGGCCAAUUUUAGGCCAACUUGACAUUUAAAAGUACAGCAUGUUUGGCAAUGGCAGAGUCGCCUGAGCGCCAGUGAAAAUCCCAAGUGGUCUGCAGCAGGCUUCUAAACAAUUAACGCUAAUUGGUCUGUCACGUGACACCUGCCUGCUUCAACUAGGGGGCCCCGUAGUGAGUCGACCUACUGAAAAAAAAAUCUGAUCUACAAGGAGAUGAAUUGCAAUUUGGCUCGAUUUUGUUUAAUUUCCGUUAUUUUGACGUUGACCGUUCCACGCUGUCCGUGUUCAAAGAAGAGCUCAACGCCGUCUCCGAGGCAAAGACUCGUCCUGCCGAGAGUCAGCUGCUCUCACCGGGGAAUAAAAGCCGUGUUCGGCUCCAAGGUCAAAAGCAAUCCACGAGUAAGAGACAUGGCAGGGUCCACAUUCACAGUGCCUCAGUCUGAAGGCUCCUGUGGAGUCCAAGCAGGCAGACGAAACAACCAGAGCCUCGUGUUCUUCAGCAGAUAUGACAGCUGCUACGCUCAAGUCAAGGGAAGCAAAGCGGUCGUCCCUCUGCAAGUGCAGCUGACAGGAGAGGAUGGAUGGUUCAGAGUAAAUAUCAGCUGUCCUCUGACAAGACGAUCCACGGAGAGGACGCAGCUCUCACCUACACCAUCCCCUGGAGACUGUGCAGUCCGCCAAGACCUCCGGGUGAAAUGUGGCCAAAAAAGACUGUUGAGGGAUUCUUGCGCCAAUCUGGGAUGCUGCUUUGAUUCAACGGACUCAACCUGCUACUACAAACUCGGCGCCUGCUCCCUGGACGGACACUUGUUGUUCUCGGUAAAAACAACAGACGCAGGCCCACCCAUGGACCCAAGAAGCCUUGUCGUCAAAGAUCAUCCACGGUGCAUCCCUGUGAUCGCCACCGCAGACACUGCCGUCUUUAAGAUUCAAGCCACAGACUGUGGGGUUAAAGCAAAGGUGGACGGAGAUGUUGUCAUCUAUGAGUUAGAGUUGCAGGAGCUGCAUGAGCAACGUAGAGACAACCGCACUCCAUUUAGUCUCCAGAUUGAGUGUGAAUACAAAGCAUCCAACGUGAGACGCGCAGUAAAAUUUCGCCCCCUGCAUGCAGUGACCACCCCGCCGCCCGUGGUUGCUCUCGGAUCCAUCAAAGUGCAGAUGAGAAUCGCCACAGAUGCGUCUUUUACGUUUUUCUUUCCUGAGGACCAGCUGCCACUGAUGUUGCCACUGCGUAAAGCGGCAUAUGUGGAGGUCUCCAUCGCCCAGCCGUCACCAGACCCCACACUUUCCCUGCACGUACGCGACUGCUUCGCUUACCCGGCAUCUCGACACUCUGUGUGGACGCUUCUCUACAACGGGUGCCCUAACCCGCUGGAUGACUCCAGAAGUUCUGUCCCUGUGGACAAGCAAGGAAAAACACAUUCUCAUUCCCAAGUCAGGAGAUUUGAUGUCAAGACCUUCGCCUUCUUGGACCAAGGAGAGCCAAGUGUGGAGGAAAUAUACUUCUAUUGCUGGGUGGAAAUCUGCACAGAAGAGGUUGACUGUGCACAACCGUGUGCCAUCAUUUCACAGGAAGGGGAGAGACGAAGAAGAGAGGCUUUAUUUCAACCACAUCCCUUCCAGCUGAUCUCCGUAGGCCCUCUGCUGCUGGGUCAGAAUAGCACAGAACCUGAAGAGAAUUUACGUGCUCAUCAGAUCAGUGACAUGUAUCCUCUCUGGCAUCGGGGCUGCUCUGAUGACGCUGCUGCUGAUGUGUCUGAGCAACAGGAAGUGCCACAAGCCAGACGCAACACGUGAUUCUAAUGCACAAGUUGAAAAUGCAAUAUCCUAAUAAAUAUUUCAC